CGGUGAUGACUGUUAUCAUUAUUAAAAUAUAUUUAAUAUAACUGACAUGCUUAUUGUUUCCUCUGGUAUUUUUGUGAAUGAAUUUUGAAGUAAACUUAAUGAUUUAGAAAUUUCCGUUAAUUUAUUUAAAUUGUUUUUUAUAAUUGGGAUUUGUUUUGGAGAUGGAAAAUUUUGUAUCUCGUUAUCAAUUAAAUGUUCCCAUUUGCUCAAGUCCAUUGAGAUGUUCAAACUAGGAACGUAAUUUACAAGCAUUCGAAAUUAUUUUCCUAUUUGGUUUCAAUUUAACUUCGUUUUCGGCCGUGUUUGCUUCACGAUAAUUAUCUAAGCUUAACAUUCCUGUACCGGCCAUUUACUUUUUCUAUUAUUGGUUUUGUCAUAUUUUGACAAGUGAUUAAAAUAUUUUCAUUAUUUGUUAUAUAUAUCCAAGUAUUCCUAUUCUCUAACUUAUGCCAUAUAUUAUGAUUAAAUUGAACAUGCUUAACGUUACAUAAUUUGGGGAUUGUUCCUGGAUUACGAAAUAACAUUGCUUCACAUGAGUCUUUUACAUUUUGAAUAGGUUAAUCGUGGUUACUAAUAAUUACAUUUGUCAUGGUUUUACGAUUUGAUAAUUGCUGGGAACUUAGCUUUAUAAAUAUAAGCAUGACUUAUCUAUAGCUAUAUAAUCUGAUGUGGGUUCUAUAAUUAUGUAAAUAUUAUCAUGUAUCUUAAUAGGUAAAGGUAUAGAUUUAUACAUUAUAAACUUAAAGUUAUCAAUUAAUGGUAUUUCUAUUAUAAAUAUUAAUACAUUUUCUACAUAAACUACAUUUAUUUCGCCUAUCCGUAAUAAUUCUGACACACCUUUAUUAGACAAUUACCUGGUAACGUUAAAAUGUAUACGAUUGAAUAAUAACGAAAAUUGUUUGAGUUAGUUGUUUAUUGCAUCAGCUACUAAUAUAUAUUUUAAUAUAUAUUUCAAUAAGUUCUAUUACAAAAUUUUUAAUAUCGUCAAGACUAACAUUACAAAAAAUGCAAAACAAACUCACAAGAAAAGCGUCAUGGGAGGAUAUGUAUCGACAGCAUAGAAAUAAUAUAAGAAGUGCUAGACCAAAAGUGGAUAACAAAGCACCCUCGCUUAAAGUUACAGCGUAUUACAAGCCUGGAACCAUUGAAAGAAACACGGCAAGACUAGCACAAAUAGAAGAGGACAAUUUUAAAUUAAUAAAAAAUAUUAACAUAAUUUAUCGUACCAAGGGUAAAACCGAUUGUUUUAGAUCAAACUUAUUCAACAAUAGAGUAAAAGUUAAAAGUAACAAUGUUAACAUGAUGAAAUUAAAACAAAAAAUAUUUAAAGAAAACGUUGAAAUUCUAGAUAAAAUUGUUCGCGUAAAACCUAAAGUCGAUUUUAAUGAAAUGGAAGAACACUACAAAAAUCACCUUAAGUUAAUAAUGUCCAUGACCAAUUUUCCGGAAAGUUAUAAGAAGAAAAAGUCUUAUGAUCCGCUUAUUGUCAACAUGAAAUUACCAAAAAAUCUACGAAUUAAAAAAUCCAAAUGUUAUUUGGAUAUCAAUAAUUUAACAGAGAACAGGUCGCUGGGUCGUAUGACGAUUGAAGUAUACGAUAGCAUCGUUCCCAAAACAGCUGAAAAUUUCAAAAUGCUGUGCCAACAGAGAUUGGGUGAACUUGAUUACAGUGGAACGCAAAUCUUCCGCAUCAUACCGGGGCUAUUUUGUUUAGCAGGAGACGUCGAAUACUCGAUUGGACUUGGUGGUGUAUCAGCUAUAAAUAACGAACGAUAUUUCGAUGACGAAAACUACACGCUCAGCCACAAUGCACCCGGUACUUUAUCUAUGUACAAUUUAGAAAAAAAUGAAAACGCUUCACAAUUUAUGAUCACGUUUAAACCACUGACAGUACUAAACGGUAGACAUGUCGUUUUUGGUAGAGUCAUUGGCGGAAUGAAAACGUUAAAACUCAUAGAAGAUUCAGGAUUCGCGUCUGGUAAACCAAAACAUAAAAUCGUGAUUAUUAAAUGUGGAGUAUUUAACAACUGUUAAAUAUUUAUGUGAAAUUGGCAUUAAAUUGUAUAGGUAAUUCAAUGAUGUUCAUGCCUGUGUUAAUAUUACCAUUGCUCAUUGUCUCUCAUCGUGGUAAUUGUCGUUAUCAUACAUAUAGAGAAUUGUGUAUACAAUAAUGGCUGAUAUGUAUA